AAAAUAUUUAUAUAAUACAAAAAAUAACCUAAAUCAAAAAUUUAAUUUUUCGAUAGCUAAAAAACCUUUUUAUUUUUUUUUUUUUUCAAAUAUAUAACAAAAAAAAAAAACACUUUUCGCACAACCAAAUAAAAACUUUAUAAUUUAAUAUUGUGUUUUAAUAUAUAAUAAUAAUAAUAAUAUAAUAAUAAUAUAAUAAUAAAAGCAACAAAUAUUAAUAUUAAUACAAUCAAAAGUACAAGACGAAACCAGUACCAAAUAGAAAACCAAAUAUAAUAUUAAAUCUAUAAUUAGCAAAAACAAGAGUUAAGAAAUUCAACACACUCUCAUUCAUUCGUUUAUCCUCUUUUAUAAUAUAAAUCUUUUUUUUUUUUUCAACUUAUUUAUUAUUUAAACUCUUAUUAAGAGCAUUAUACAUAUAUACAAUAAAAAAUGUCUAUGGCACCAGAACAUGAUUUUUUCUUUAAAAUUCUUUUAAUUGGUGAUUCAGGUGUUGGUAAAUCAUGUUUAUUAUUACGUUUUGCUGAUGAUUCAUGGACCGAUACUCAUAUUUCAACUAUUGGCGUAGAUUUUAAAAUUAAAACUCUUAAUUUAGAUGGUAAAACCAUUAAAUUACAAAUCUGGGAUACUGCAGGUCAAGAACGUUUCAGAACUAUUACUUCAUCAUAUUACCGUGGUGCUCAAGGUAUUAUCCUUGUAUACGAUUGCACUGAUCAAGAUUCAUUCAACAAUGUCAAACAAUGGAUGGGUGAAAUUGAAAGAUAUGCAUGUGAAAAUGUUAAUAAACUUUUAGUUGGUAAUAAAACAGAUCUUGUAAAUGAAAAAGUUGUCGAUUCAAACCAAGCUAAAUCAUUCGCUGAAAGUAUGGGUAUUCCAUUUAUUGAAACUAGUGCCAAAAAUGCAACUAAUGUUGAAGAAUGUUUUAUUUCAAUGGCAAGAGAUAUUAAAAAUAGACUUGCUGAUAUUCAAGACUCACCAAGUAAAAGUGAGGAUGUUGAUAUUAAAGCCAAAAAACCAAUUAAAAGUGGAAAGAGAAUGUGUUCAAUUUAAAGACUUUGGAUUGAGGAUUUAAAAGAAAAAAAAAAAGUUUAAAAAAAAAGUUUAAAAAAAAAAAAAAAAAAAAAUAUAACAAAUAAAUAAAGAAAAAAGAAAUUUAUUUUCUUAAUGUAAUACAAAU